CCUCUGCUUGUGACUUCUCCUCCUCGAAGGGAGCGUCUGUUCCAGUCACGCGCGUGCACUGAAUCUGGGCAACAGGCGCGCGCAUGAUGCUGACGGCGUGUCGGCCGUCUUUCUCUACAGACAAACAAUUAUUUAUAUUUUUCAUUCCCGACUUUGCCUCUCCUAACACAUCGCCAUAGAGGCCAAACAAAACAAAGUGCGUGCGAGGACUUGACAUGAUAUAUAUGAAUGAAUAAUGCGCUCGAGAAGUGGAUGAACGCGCCUUUCCGGUUAUUAUUCCCCGUUAGUCGUGGCGCGCAGAAGGAUGGGAUACUCGGACCCGACGGCCGGGCGCGAUUUACUGGGGAAUCGAUCCCUGUGCUUCAUUUUCAUCUGCGCUUUCGGUGUGGUCACGCUGCUGCAGCAAAUCCUCUACGGCAAGAACUAUAUCCGGAGCACGCAACAGUUUACCCGCCUCAAAGGAGAGGAGGUGGGCAACUGGAGCGGCCUCGUUAGUUACCCUGAUGAUGGAGGGAUGAAGCAACCUGCCAGAAUUGGGAGGAAAAGGUUUCUGGCGACUUCUAAUGGACCCCUCCUGUAUAACACCACCACCUGCAGAGAACUGCGCCAAGAAAUCACAGACGUCAAAGUUCUGUCCAUGGUGAAGACAUCAGAGUUGUUUGAAAGAUGGAGAAAUCUACAGGCUUGUUCAUGGGAGCAGAACAAAGAAGAGACCAGCAAUUUCAAGAUGUCUUUGUCGCGGUGCUGUAAUGCUCCCUCCUUCUUGUUUACGACACAGAGGAACACACCAUCUGGUACAAAACUGCGCUACGAAGUUGACACCAGUGGCAUCUUGCACAUCAGCCCUGAGAUAUUUAAAAUGUUUCCGGAGGACAUGCCUUACUCCAAAUCACAGUUUAAGAAGUGCGCCGUGAUUGGAAAUGGAGGAAUAAUAAAAAACAGCAAAUGUGGAAAAGAGAUUGACUCUGCUGACUUUGUCUUCCGGUGUAACAUUCCACCUAUUUCUGAGAAGUAUGCAACAGAUGUGGGAACUAAGACUGAUCUGGUGACCAUAAACCCAAGCAUCAUCACAGAGAAGUUCCAGAAACUGGAGAAGUGGCGGCGGCCAUUCUAUGAUGUCCUGGCAAGCUAUGAGAAUGCAUCUGUGGUGCUGCCUGCGUUUUAUAAUACACGCAAUACUGACGUGUCCUUCCGUGUCAAGUAUGUGCUUGAUGACUUUGGUGGCACCACUGCACGUGGUGUUUUUUUCUUCCACCCACAGUACCUCCUGGGUGCACAACGCUUCUGGGCGGCACAGGGUGUCCGUGCCAAACGCUUAAGCAGUGGCCUCAUGCUGGCCACAGCGGCACUUGAACUGUGCCAGGAGGUGCACCUCUACGGCUUCUGGGCGUUCCCUAUGAACCCAGCAGGUAUAUUCAUUACGCACCACUACUAUGAUAAUGUCAAACCACGUCCGGGAUUCCAUGCCAUGCCUCACGAGAUCUUCAACUUCCUGCACAUGCAUGCACGUGGAAUCCUGCAUGUGCAUACAGGGGUGUGCAGGUGAUGGGCUUCAUCACUGAAGCUGCCGUUUGGUCAGCCACGUUUUUUUUUCAAGUGAGAAGCUUCCAGUUGAAAUCCAGUGGUGUGAAACUCAAAAUGAGCUUCUGAGUGUGUUUGCAUGUGAAAGACAAUAUUCUUGAGAUGUACUAAUGUGGUGUCCAUUGACAUGACUUCUGAUCCAGUUGAUUGAAUUCAGGCCAGAUUUAUUGUCUGAAACACAAUUUUUUUUUCACGCAAUGUUUUUGAUAUAGAUAAGAUAUACUUUUAUCUGUGCCGUCGCUACAUGGUGCUUGUUUUGUGCAAGGUAUUUUGUGCAGUUGUUUUUUGUGUGGUUUUAUCCUGUGAAAGGGCCAUGGAACCUCAAUUAGCCUACAUAUGUCUUAUGCACACCAUAGAACUAUUUAUCAUUUAAAUAUAAAUUACUUAUUAAUGUCAUGAACAAAUGAUUGAUAAUCAUGGAAGCGCUUUUCUUUUCAUAAGAUAUUGUUGCAACUCUAAAGACUGGUUGUAAUAAAGUUCGUGGUUUUAAACACAGCAAAGAGAUUUGCAUAGAGACAGGACAAAACUUUUCUUAUCUAGACAAAACAAGCCAAAAAAAAGAACAAACAAAAACAACUGUCCAAGCACCACUGCAUUCAAAGUGACAUUGAAAAUAACGGGGUAUGUACACAGAGGUAAAAGAGUCCUGAAGUGAAGGCCCUGUCAGAAUGUUUGGAGUAGACACAUAUCUAUAAAUGCAUUUAUAUAUGGGAAUAAUAACAUAAAAAUGUCAUGAUUCCUGCUGUAUAAUUUAUAGACAAGUAUAAGUCUGUGGGAAUAUAAUCUCACUUUAUAGAUUUUGGCUUAAAUAUUUUGAGUAUUUUUAAACAUUUAAUUAAAACUGUUAUGCAGAAUUUAUGAAGCUGUUCAUUUUUAUGACCCUUUCUCAAUUAUGGACAAUUUGUCAUACGAGAAUGUUUUGACUCUGUUAUGAGAUUGUUUUGACCACCUUAAGCCUCACGACGAACUGAGGUUUUCAGAAACCGAUAUUUCUACCAGACGAAUGAUUUGUAUACACAAGUGUUUUGUCUGUGUUCUUUUGUGGUUACUUAUACAUGAAAACAGUGCAGUGAGGACUCUUAGGAAAAAAAAUUGUUUUUUAAGAGACAUUUUUCAGUGUACUACACAAGUGAUGUCUUAAAAUAUACUAGAGAUUAGUUAUUAUAUUAAAAAAUGAUAAGGCAGACGGGGCAGCACAGUGGUGUAGUGGUUAGUGCUGCCGCCUCACAGCAAGAAGGUCCUGGGUUCGAGCCCGGUGGCUGACGAGGGCCUUUCUGUGUGGAGUUUGCAUGUUGUCUGUGUGGGUUUGCUCCGGUUUCCCCCACAAUCCAAAGACAUGCAGGUUGGGCUAAUUGGUGGCUCUAAAUUGACUGUAGGUGUGAAUGGUUGUUUGUCUAUGUGUCAGCCCUGCAAUGACCUGGUGACUUGUCCAGGGUGUACCCCGCCUCUUGCCUAUAGUCAGCUGGGAUAGGCUCCAGCUUGCCUGCAACCCUGCACAGGAUAAGUGGCUACAGAUAAUGCAUGGAUAAGGCAGACGUGACCAAUCAACUAUAAGUUGUAAAAAAAAAAAAAGCCUAUAAAUCACAGCCAUUCUUAGUCUUUUUGGGAAAAAUUCAACUUUUUUCUGCAGGGUUUUUUGUGCCUGUCUGUCUUUCUCGUUUGUUCUUGGUGCCUUUAUGUGUCACACCAUAUUCCGUCCUUGGAGCAAUCAAUCUGAAUGGCAUUCUUUUGGUUAAUGUUGUACAUUUUAAAAUCUUUCAAAAUAUUUAAUUCACAUUAUUCAGAACUGGCACUGUUUGACAAAUAUUUAAUGAGUCUCUCUGUGUGAGAUGGGCUUACUUGUAAAUUGUCCAUCUUAUGUUUAUCUUUUCUGGAAGGUGUGAACCUUUUGUGAAGAGCAACAGCAACCUUCUUUGUGUUUCUGCUCACUUGUCAUUGGCAAAUAUGUACACUGUGAUGCAGAACGAAGAUAAUUGAUUCAUUAUUCUCACAUAGAGGUUCAAGUGUCAGGUUCCACUGAAAUGGUGAAUAAUUGAUCAUGUUCUGAGGUUGAUCAGUGUUAAUCUGAUUAACAUUGUCUGAUUUCUCCAUGGAAGUCCCUUUCCAGCACCAGACACAAACACAGCAUCUUAUUUAGCAUGUUCUACAUAUUAUUAACCCCAUACUAGAAUUACAAGUCAUUCACUUAUGAAUUUGAAUAAUUAAAUAAAAUGACGAAUGGGACAUCUGAUACAAAUGAAGAAAGCUUUUGAACAUGGUUUUACUGUAUUAUGUGCAAUAUUCAGAUGUGUAA